ACGAUGGGGCUGCUAACGCGUGAGUGUGUGAAUGAACUAAGGACAGCCCACGACCGCGUUGCUGGAGGGUUGGAUAAUCUUGAACGGUUUCUGCAAACAAUUAACAAGCUCGUGGAACAAUCUCGAAUGGCUUCAGAGUUGAUCACCGCGGCCGAAAACACAGUUAGGGAACACACCAGUCAGAAAGAGCAGCUUCAACAGAAGAUGCAAGACGAAGCUGUCCUGAAGGAGCAGCUGCAGAAGAAGAUCGAGGAGGGAGCUGCCUUGAAGGAGCAGCUGCAGACUCAGAUGCAAGAGAAUGCGUCUUUGAAGGAGAAGAUACAGAAGAAGGACCAAGAAAAUGCCAUCUUGAAGGAUCAAGUAAAAUCUUUGAAGGAGCAGAUGCAGAAGAAGGACCAAGGAAAUGCCAUCUUGAAGGAAAGUUAAAAAACAACCUUUUUUAAGAGAAAAAUGCCAUCAAGAAAAUGCCAUCUUGAAUGAGCUGAGGUGUUUAACCAGUAACAAUGAUGGCCCAAUAAUUUAAUUUGAGCCCGUAAAAUAAUUUUGAAGUAUA